ACACACAUCUUUCUGCACACACACACACACACACUUGCAAAGAUUCAUUUUGUUCGAGGCUUCAGGCAGUACGGCAGCAAGAAAAGCACAUCCCUCUCGAUGAUGAGGCUCAGUUUCACCCAUGCUCUCUUGGCUGUCUUCCUGCUGAUUCCUGGGGAGGCCGGGAAUGCAAGCGCACAGAAAAGUGGCAAUGGCAACAAAAGGGAUAACAUCACUGUGAGUCUUCUGGUCUGCUUGCUCCUGCUACUUCUUAUCUUGCUAUUUCUAGCAUGGCGGUACCUGAACCGCAAGUCAGAAGGACAGUAUCACCCCCAACGACUGAUGAGGGGCCUGGUCCUCCGCUGGCAGGAGUUUUGGGGGCAGGCACACAGUGAGGAGCUGAUCCAUGGCUACCAAGAGGAGAAUCGGAGUGAUGAAGAGUCUAGGGAGCAGCACGAUGAUGAUGGUGAUGAGGAGGAGGAGGAGUGGAAUGAGUUGCUCCUCCAGAGGGCAGGCAGUGAACGUGAGGAAGAAAAACAGGAAAAGCUCGACAAGAGUGCCACCCCUGAACCACCUGAAAAGAAAGUGGAAUUGGAGUCCGAGGAGGAAGAGGAGGAGGAGGAGAAGGACAAGGCCUCCAAGGCAACAGAAGGCAGAGCAGAAACCCUGCUCAGUGAUCUGCAUUCUUUCUCGGGGACUGCAACUUGGGAAGACAGUGGCAAGCCUGCACAUGUCACAGCUCUCUAAA